AUGGCUAGCUAUCACUACGGAAUGCCGCAAUACACAUCGACUCACUCCUCUCAACCUCACCACUCCCACGGCCAUCACGGGCGAAGCCGCCGAGGACCAAGAGUGUCUUCACAGAAUGCGCACCGGCAAUACAAGGCCCAGCGUAGCCCCAAAGAGGAGGUCCCGCAGACACCUGCAUAUACCGACUACCUGCGGGUCCUGGAGGCCGCAAAGGGUUUCGAGUUUGAUGAUGACGAGAUAUUCUGUCCGUUCAACUUGUUGACGGAGGAUGAUCUUCAUUCCAUCCAUUCUUCGUCCUCAUCGGAGCGAGGCUCUCUCUCAUCUGGGUCGCCAGAGAGUUCACCUCUGCAGCACCAGGUGCAGCCGACGCCUUCACUUCUUCUUUCAUCGGUACCCAAUACGUACAACCCGGCUAGCUUCCAACAGGCACAGCAGAUGAAGUUGCACCAGCCUUUGGCGCAGCGGACUCGCAAUGCUAUUCCGAUUGUGGACCCGUCCACUCGGUCUGUUGCAAGCCCACCAAUGUCAGUCUCGCCGGGCCGACAGAUGCAGCAGCAGUACGUUCCUCGCCGCUGGUAA